AUGGUUUCUGGAGUCGCAUCAGCCGGCAGAAAUGGUGAAUUGUUGACUACAGAUGGUCUGGUUACCACAGAUGUUGUUUGUGUACUGGAAGCAGACUCGAGUUGCAGUAAACACGCUGGUUUUGUGGUGAGCGAAUCGAUGAUUGGCUCUAACCAGCCGGUUGGAGAUCUAAAUAUCGGUCGUCUAAACGCUCUCCUUUCAGAUUCCAGUAUGAAAAUAUUGGGACCUGAUCCGAAGAGCGAUUCCAUGGCUCACGCGACGACGCCAAAUAAACAGAUGGAAAUUAGUGAACAGUCUGAAUGCGCACAAACUGAAAUUCAUUGGCUAUAUGAACGCCCAACGCGGCUAAGUCGCGUGAAACACACUGGCAUUGUUCUCAUACCGAUUGGUCGUUAUUUAAACUGA